AUGGCAAAGAUGCGGCCGCUAGUGGCUCUGGCCAUCGUGUUGAGCGUCUUCGCCGCGUUGCCGGCGUUCUUCGGCCAAUGGCGGCCCCAACCGCGCGUGCGGAGGCUUCACACCCUGCGAGUCUCCGACAGUGACGAGAGCUUGAUGGAGUUACUGGAGUCGGAAGAUCUUGAGGACCUCGAGGAUGCUCUGGAGGAGGAGCUCGAGCGGAGCAUCGCCGACAUCAAAGCCUUCGAGAUUCCGGACGAAACACGUGAGAAGUAUGAGACGGAGAUCUCAGUGGGGGAUGCGGAAGCCGUUGGCACCCUCCGGCAUUUCGCCACGCCCGUCUACCGCGCCUCCUUGACGGACCCGGCAUCAUCUGGGGAGCUGAACCUGGAGAUCUUCGAAGCAGCCGCCCAGCUGCGCGAGUCGGAUCUCGCUGGCAGAGCCUGGUGCGAGGAAAACUACCCGGGCGGCUACACGUCCUUCAGCAGCCAGAAGAACCUCAACGACGCGAUCCCCUGCUUCCAGGCCUUGGAGGCCAAGUUGCGUCCCCACCUCGAGGCCUUCCUGGAGGAGACUCGACUUAUGGGCGGCCGCGAUACGUCGCAGCUGCGCAUGACGGACCUCCUUCGAGUAGGUGACCUGGCCCUGCUGGGCUCGACUGGCCUGGCGCCCCUGGGCGCUGCGGCACAAGGGGCUCUUUACGACAGGAGUGUUGGCUGA